ACUUUGAAGAGUGGAUGAUCAGAAACAAGCAUCGCCUUCUCGUUGUUCCAUCUUCCGUAUCUGGGUUAAUUCGGUCAAUUCGCAAUCUUAAUUACUUUUUUCCUCUUUUCGAACUCUACCGCGAAUCUAAUCAUCACGGCUCCGUCUUAUCCCCAUUUAAUGCAUAUUGCUUGAGUAUUGGACAUUACCAUUUCGAUAGUCCAUAUCCAUUAACAUAGGGGGCGGUAUAAUCUUGGCUGUUUUGGGGUCUGACAUCACAAUCUUAGCUUCCGUGACGCCACGAUCUUCGUUCCGUAUUUCGCCAUCCUUCGAGAUAGCCGACAUGGUUUUCUCCCCUAUCAUAAAAGAACAUAGAGACUAGCUGAGGAUAUCAUCCUAAACCCCGUCCGACCCAGCCUUGGCUAGCUGCGAUGCCAGCCCAAUACUCGUCCGCCCUCCACCCCGGCGCACGAGAUUCCCUCGAACUUGCCUCCUUAGCAUCUUCCAGUCACGGUCCCGAUACAUAUUCAGAAACAGAUUCAAGACCAUCGAUCUCCUCAUCGCGAAAACUAUCCCUCGAGCAAGAUGAUCCAUUAGACCAUAACAAUCCCGCGGGUCGUCCCGAUUAUGUGCCUGGUCAUGGCAGAACGUAUUCCGUUAAUUCCAAUUUCGAUUAUGCCGCGAACCUCUUCCCACUCUCCUCGUCCACCGCCCCCGGAUACGCACCUCUAGGUGCCCCUACAUCUGCUGCGCAACGACACGGCGGAUUAGGAGGCGCCUCAUUGGAAAAACACAAGACUUUGACGUACUUGAAUGGAUUGGGUCUGAUCGUUGGACUAAUAAUUGGUUCGGGUAUCUUCUCAUCCCCCAGUCAAGUCAACGUAAAUGUUGGUUCGCCUGGCGCAUCCCUAAUUGUAUGGGCGAUAUCAGGUGUCCUCGCUUGGACAGGCGCGGCAAGUUAUGCGGAACUAGGUGGUGCUAUCCCUCUUAAUGGAGGCGCGCAAGCUUAUUUAUCCAAGAUUAUGGGUGAACUUGCUGGCUUUCUCUUCACAUGGGUAGCGGUGCUUGUUCUUAAGCCUGGUAGUGCCGCUAUUAUCGCGAUUAUCAUGGGCGAAUACCUUGUGCGCGCUUUCAUCGGAGCUGAAGCUGAGACGGUGAAUCCAUGGAUAAACAAAGCAGUGGGUCUAGUCGGGUUGUUUAUCGUGACCUUUGUGAACUGCGUAUCGACAAGGCUCGGAACUCGCGUGAACGACGCACUGAUGUUCUUAAAGUUUAUUGCUUUAAUUGGUGUUACUAUUUGCGGAAUCGUGGUCGCCUUCACCGGAUUCUCCUAUUCCGGUACCGCUAAUAUGGAGUGGAAGAAGCACUCUUGGUUUGAUGGCACAAGUACAGAUGGGAGUCAUUGGGCUGUCGCGUUAUACGCUGGACUCUGGGCUUAUGACGGUUGGGAUAACACCAACUAUGUCGUUGGCGAAUUCCGAAACCCAUCGAGAGACCUUCCGCGUGUAAUUCAUACAGCAAUGCCCCUGGUCAUCAUCUGCUAUUUACUCGCCAACUUCUCAUACUUCCUGGUUUUACCCCAAGAUGUCCUCAACUCUACCAAUACAGUCGCGGUUAUGUUCGGCAGUAAAGUAUUUGGUCCUAUCGGGGCGCUGAUCUUUGCGCUUAUCGUUAGCGCCUCAUGUUUUGGUGCCCUUAACUCAUCUACCUUCACAAGCAGUCGGCUCGUCUAUGCUGCUGCUAAGGAAGGUUAUAUUCCAUCCAUCAUUAGCCGUGUUGGUGUCAGUUCCCGGGAGCCUGGAAUGGCCAACUUAAGGACGCGGACCCGGUUUUCUAGGUGGUUACACAACGCAAUUGGCGACGAAGAGACGGGACUUUUCUUUACUCCGAUAUACGCAUUAAUAUUAAACGGCACUCUGACAACUAUUUAUCUACUCGUUGGUGAAUUCGGGGAGCUAGUUACGUUUUACGGUGUGGCGGGGUACUCAUUUUACUUCCUCACCGUAUUAGGACUUAUCAUCCUACGAGUCAAGGAACCACAUCUCGAAAGGUCAUAUAAGACCUGGAUCUCAACACCGAUUAUCUUCUGCUGCGUAAGCUUGUUCUUACUAAGCCGCGCAGUAUUCGCCCAACCAUUAAAAACUCUCAUCGUCGUUACCUUCGUCAUAUCCGGAAUUCCAGUAUUCUUCUGGAGAAUACAAGGCCGAGAUCAAGUCACUAAACGUGAGGCUGGCUCCAGCAAUACACCGCCGAUAUGGAAAUUCUGGAAAAGAUGGCGGAAAUGAAUGAAUAUUAUGACCAAGCAUUAGGUCCCCAUUUGGGAUGGCGUUGUUUUUCAAUACAAUUCACCAAUUGAGUCAUAGCAAGCAUUCUGGAUGAGCAUCAGGUCAACGGAGUAUAGGGAGUCAGUCACCUUGACAUGUUGAUUCAAUAGUCGGUGGCAUGAUUGAAUAGAAUAGAAGGCAUUAUGCAUACCUUACGGUGUAAUACAAAAUAAAUGAGUAAAUAGCAAAACAUCAUGACUGCGCCUGUUUUGAAAUGUGAUAUAAAUAGGGGCGUCCCAACUAUUCUAGGUUAUUGCAUUUUCAUUUCCUCCAAAUGUUUCCAGGUUGAUAAUGCCAUUAUCAACGGAACGCAUGAAGCGCAG